AUGCUUACUAAGAAAGAGCUAUUUCCAGACGUUCCGAAAUCUACAGUGUCACGCUGUAUGGCUCUCGUGUGGGCGGCAUUCGGACUAACAUUCCUGGCAGUCUAUACAGCAAACUUGGCAGCGUUUAUGAUUACCAGAGUACAAUUCUAUGAUCUCAGUGGGAUUCAUGAUCCAUUGGUGAGCAAGUGCGGUCAUACAAGUUGUCUCCAGCCAAUUCUUAUGCGAGCCUUUCAGCUUUCCCAUCCAGACAUGCACCAGCCACCUUUUCGUUACGGUACUGUAGACGGUGGAAAUACGCAUGAGACAAUGAAAAGGAAUUGGAAAAAGAUGCAUGAAUACGUUAAGAAGAAUCAUUUCUUCCGCGACAACAUUUCAGCCGGUGUUGAUGCUGUCAGAAAUGAGGAGCUGGAUGCGUUUGUUUACGACGCCGUUGUGUUGGACUACUGGGCUGGAAAAGAUGCCAACUGUGAGCUGAUGAUGGUCGGCAAGUGGGCAAGUAUGACGGGAUACGGUAUCGGAUUUCCGAAGAAUUCGCCCUAUACAGCUAUGGUUAAUCAAUACAUGUUACAGUACCAACAGAAAGGGGAUCUUGAACGGCUAGCAAACUUUUGGCUAACGGGAGCGUGCUCUCCAGAUAGCCACGGUCAAACCCAUUCUGCUCCAUUGGGGAUCGAGAACUUUCUGUCGGCGUUUUUCCUACUCGCUGGAGGAAUAAUCUUCUCAGUAAUUGUGCUCGGAUGCGAGUUCUUCUUCAUUCGCCAUCUUAGAAAACCACUACAACGAAUCGACCCUAAUGGAUGGUGUGGUAUUAUUAGCAUGGUGAGUAGCCACCCAGUUCAGUAA